CGCAAAUUUCGCAAUACAAGUAUUGAAAUUAAGAAAUUUAAGCUCUUUCACCCUACUCUUGAUAUUUUAUUACAUAAAGGAGAAAAUUUUAUAGUACAGUAUAUAAGAAAAAUCUUUGAGGUAUAUAUUCUGUACUUAUCCUUCUCCAUAUCCUUUAUCCUACGUACAAAAUAAAAUAGUAGCCUCUUGAAAAUAGUAUAGGUUUAAAACUGUUCAUUUUUUCAACAUUCAGCCAUGGCCAACAAAAUAAUAAUUUGCUGCAAAAAACUUAUUUAAAGAUGCAUUUAGAAACUCAGCAAUUUAUUUUUGAGUCGGCGGAUUUUGUCUCGCUACCAACGAUUUAACCUUAGAAACAUUAGAAACAGUGCGUACCUUUUUCAUGUAUUUUGUUUGGCGUCUUCUUCCCAUUUAGAAGUAAUGAUUGACGGUUGUUCCCAUUCUGAUAAUGUUAACCAUAAUGUUGCCCAUUUUGCAUGCACAAACUUUAAUACCAUGCAUUUCACAACAUUUUUGAGUUAUGGACAAAUAUUUAGCUUUAGAAGUUACAAAAACAUAUUCUCCAAUCCCUAGCUUGUUUCUAUGCGAUAAGAAGAAUAAAAAAAAAAAAAAAAAAAAAAAAAGAUAGUUCUCAUUUCAUAUAAUAAGCUGUUGCCAGGAAUUUUAAUUACAAAGCAUUCUCUUUUGUUUUUCUUUAUCGAAAUCGUUGUAAAAAUGUGUAAACACUGUCUCUUACACAUUUACACUGUCUGCAAUUUCUAUAAUCAGCUUGAUUUAUCAAAAACUUUGAUUUAUCGAAAGGUAGAAUAAUAGAACUCUGUUUUAAUGGGAAUGAUUUUCUUUCUUUCCUCCCACUCCUUUGUUUUUAGGAAUCAAUUAGGCAAAAAGAACUAACGCGAUUUUGCCUACGUCAGAAAGAAGACUUGCAGAGUUCUUCGGUCGCACUCUUCGUUGGAAACUUGCCACCGAAUAUGUCCGAGAAACAGUACGAAAUGCUGCUGCUUGAAAUGCUGGGGAAACCGUACAAAUUCCGAGAUCUUGGUCCUAUCUAUUAUGAAUAUGGAUCUCUGAUCAUCACUUACGAUAAUGCGGACAUCGCAGUCAAGUGUUUUUAUAUGUUGCGCGAGACGAUUUAUGAUGACAAGAAUCUUCUAGUCCUUCUCCUGCCAAAUCUCCUGCCCGAUAUGGUGCCCCGAGGAAUCAGGCCCCUCCUAGUUUUUGUGAACGUGAAGAGCGGAGGAUGCCAAGGGAUGGAACUAAUAUCCUCUUUCAGAAGACUACUUAAUCCAUACCAGGUUUAUGACCUCGAAAAUGGUGGACCCUUACCGGGGUUAUACGUAUUCCGUCACAUACGAGACUAUAAGAUCUUGGUUUGUGGUGGCGACGGCACUGUGGGUUGGGUGCUACAGUGCCUAGACAAUGUAGGCCAGGAUUCCGAAUGUCAGUCUCCUCCUUGUGCCAUUUUACCUCUAGGAACGGGAAACGACCUAGCUCGAGUGCUGAGGUGGGGGCCAGGUUAUACUGGAGGGGAGGAACCUUUAACAAUUUUAAAAGACGUCAUCGAUGCCGAAGAGAUAAGACUGGACAGGUGGACGGUUGUGUUCCAUGUGGAUGAGAAAGGAGACGACAAAUCCGGACCCAACACAUCUAGUUCUGAAGACAACACCGCAAUCUUUGUGAUGAACAAUUAUUUCGGUAUUGGAAUCGACGCAUCUCUGUGUUUGGAUUUUCACAACGCAAGAGAAGAAAAUCCCAACAAAUUUAACAGCAGGUUUCACAAUAAAGGCGUUUACGUAAAAAUGGGUUUACGGAAGAUGGUGAGUCGUCGCACAUGGAGGGAUUUCCACAAGGAAGUUCGAUUGGAGGUGGAUAACAAAGUCAUAGACCUACCUCCUGUGGAGGGCAUUAUAAUUCUCAAUAUUCUCAGCUGGGGCUCUGGUGCAAAUCCUUGGGGUCCCGAAAAAGAAGAUCAAUUCGCAAAGCCUACUCACUAUGACGGAAUGUUAGAAGUCGUUGGCGUUACAGGCGUCGUCCACAUGGGACAAAUUCAAAGUGGUCUGAGAAGCGCCAUUCGUAUCGCACAAGGAGGACAUUUACGCAUCAAACUUCAUACAGAAAUGCCCGUCCAAGUAGACGGUGAACCUUGGAUUCAAAGUUCAGGUGAAGUCGUCGUCCUCAGAUCCGCACUCAAGGCUACCAUGUUAAAGAAGAGCAAGGGGAAAAUGAAGAGACGGAAUACAGAACCCAGCAUGGUAGUGUCACCGAUGGAAAUAAGUCAAGAUGUGCCAAGUAGUUCUGGACCAUUUUAAGACAGGAAAACACAAAAGUAGAAAAUUUAACAAAACACAAAAACACUACUUGGUGUGUAGGCCACAAAAUAUGAAUUAAUGGUUAUAUGUUGCUGAAAUUUAUAAAUGGUUUUGUAAGUGCUUACGGGAUAUGCAAUCUAUUUAGAAAAUUGUAGAAAAUAUAGAUAAGCAAAUAUAUGUUUCCCUUGUUAAAAUAAGCAAAUUGUGCAGAAAAUGAAUUGCUAUAUUAAAGUAUUUACUGCAUAUAUGUUUAAUGCAGAAAACAGACAGAUGUCCGAGAAGGAAAACUAAGGUUGUUUCCACUGGUUUGCAUUUGCUUAUACUGCAAGGUUGAGAGUAAUAAAUAUGUUAAGCAUAAUAAAGAAUUUUAUACAAAUGAAUUAAAUUUUAAAACUAUAUUUUCUUAAGCUGUAGGGCGAAAAACUUCGAUUAAGUAGCACCUCACAUUAUAAUCCUCAUACAUUAUCGUGAAUGUUUAAUUAAAAACAAAACAGAAUAUUCUUUGACAAAAAUAUGAAAACAUUAUAUAAAGCAAAAUAUAAAUUUUUAACACUUAUUUAAUCUAAUUAAAUCUACACUAAAAUCUAAAUUUUAGCACAAUUUUCAUUAUUUAAUAUACUUAUGCAAAUAAGAUAUUUUUCGACUAUACGAGGUACAACUGCAUUUUAAGUGCUACCUUUUGACCCCAGAAUUAAAACGUGUCAGCAAAAUUCUAAGCUAAAGACUUGAUAAAUCUAGAGCUAUUAUUGUGCCAUUAGAAGUAUUAUAUAAAAACUAAUCAUAUAAAUAUUAAUAUGUUACUAACAUUAUUACUAGAAAACUGUAUCUAAAAAUUAUAGCAAAUUGUAUUAAAAAAUACAAAGUUUUCUGAAAUAUAUAAAAAAAAUAAAUUGAAAUCUAUUUCACAAUAUUUACCAUUAUACUUCGUCCACAGAAAAUAAAUUUUACAGGUGCUACAUAUUACACACAUUUUGUCAUAUUCUCAUUUGUGAUGGAUAUUUUGAGCCUAAUCAAGCAUUUUUUAAAGUAUAGUAAAUUGUUUUUAGCGUGAUUCGAAAAUCAAAGUGAUUUUUCUUUUUUUUCAUUUUUGGCAAAUCUGGAAUUAGCAUUGUAUUUUUCUAAAAGUAGAAAUAAUGAAGCAUAAACACUCACACAGCUUACAUCAAAAAGUAUGUAAUAAUAUUUAGGAAGAAAUGUACAGCUUCAUAAAAUUUUAAUUUUGGAGAAUCUUGUGAAUUCUAAUUAAUAUGUCUAAUAACACAGUUCAUAAUACAUUUAAAAAUUUCAUUAGUUUAUUAAAAUGCCAUGAUGAACAAUAUUUUUUAACUUGUUCAUAACACUGAAGUUUUUAAUUAUAAAUGUAAGCAAUGGACAUUUGAUUAUGCUGAAAUAUAUUGCUUCCAAAAUAAAUAUUAAAUUUUAAAGUAAUCUUUUUAUCAGCAAAAUGUGGUUUAAAAAUAUUUCAGUAAAACAUAUAAUUAAUUAAUUUAAUGCAUUCUUUACAUACAAGCCAGUACAGCUAUUUAAAUGUAUAUAAAAGUGUUCUAAAAUGCUAUCUUAUUUUAAAUGCUGAAUGAACAUUUAUAAGCUUUAUGAUUAUGCAAGCUUCACCACAUCAGUAUUUCUAGUACUGGAGCUCCAUAGAUAUCCUAUCAGUGCCAGUUGUAGGACUGACAAGAAAUGAUGAAAGCCCAAUUGUUAAUGUUAAAAGUGUUCCCUUUGACAUGGCCAUCAGUGUUUAGUCUUUGGUGAAUGUCAUCACUAUAACCACCUAGAUUUUAUGUUCUCACACCUACAUACUGAGCCAUUAGAUAUAGCAGACAUAUUUAAGACUAAAAUGUAGCCCUACAAUUUACCUUUAAUUAGACAAAAUAAAAUUAAAUCUUCAAAUUGAAAUUAACACAAAUUUUUAAGAAUUUCAGAAAUCAAUUUAUAUGAUGAAUUUGAUAAAACGUCCAUAGAUAUGCAUAGAAUACUAAUAAACAUUUUACAAAUAAAAUUCCAGUGACUAUGCAUAUAUUAAAUAGAACAACUUCGUUAAAAAUUCUGAAUGAUAGAUGGAAAAGAAUGUUACAUAAAAUCACAGAUUUCUGAGUUUAUCUUGUAAAUUUUAGCUUUAAAUUUAAGACAAUAACACAGCUAUAUCUUCUUAAUUUGAAAAUAUAAGGAAAGUAUUUAAAAAGAGAAAACUAGGCAGAGAUUAAAAAAAAAAAAAAAAAAAAAAAAAAAAAACUAAAUAAAAAUGUGCAGGUUGCAGAAAAUAUGCCAAAUUUUAUCAUAAAGAAUAACAUAAUAAAUUCUUAAGAAUGCAGUUACAACAAUGUGUAAGAAUUUUACUGGAAGUUGAAAAUUUAAGGCUUGUUUUAAAUUUGAUCCACCUAAAAGUUUGCUCAAGUCUCUGUUAUGAUAUAAUUGCUUAACAAAGCACUGAUAUUUCAAUAAUAUAUAAACUUAAUCUAUUGUAAUACACAUAAAAGGGAAAAAACCCACAAAGGAUAACAUCUUCGUCUGUGAUUUCUACACUACAUUCCAAGAACGUAAAACAAAUUCCUAUUUGAGAUUCAAAAUACACCAAUAAAUAAUGAGAUACUGUGAAGUAAUAAUUGUCAUCUCUUAGCACGUCUAAUUAAUACAUCUGUGUUUUAGUAUAGAUUAAUCUAUGGCUCAGGCUGUAGAGUUUUGUGGUGGGUUGCAGGUAUGGACUCACAGAACAAAUUUCUUUGAUCAUUAGCUAGGUCAGGUAUAAAUAAUGCAACUCUAGUUAAAUGUUUGUAAAUUGAUUGUUAUCUGUACAUGUAUCUGAUGUAAUAUUGUAUAUUUCUUGUACAUACUUUAGAAUAGUAGCACACAAUAUUUGUGAUAUAGGAGAAACUGAUCAUAGUAUUACAUUGAAAAAAGGUAAAACUUGUAACUAGAUUUAUUUCUGAUAAUAACAAGAAAAAAUUGUGAAAUAUUUAAACAAAUACUACAAAUGUUGUAAGGGUAAAUUUGUAGAUAUCUGUUACUUGCUUAGAAACCCUUGUUUAGUCAAAACUAAGGUAGAUGGCAAAUGUCGCAGCAUAUUUAUUUAUUAUUUUUUUUGUUAUGAAAUAUUACCUAGAACUAUAUGUGUUGAGUAUUUUCUAAUAAAAAGGAAAAAAUAUAUAUACACCUAUAACAAUAUACAUUUCAAACAAGGGAUUCAGCUAAUAGAAAUUUUAUAUUGAUUGAAUGGGAUAGCAAUAAGCAGGAGUUUAUAAGAAUAAUUUAAAAUUCCAGAAACAUUUAAAAUAUGCUUUGUAUGGAGUGUAAAAUUUACACUUAUAAAAGUAUCCUGUAUCCAUGAAAGUCCUUAUACAGCUUUUAUUUCUGCAACUGUUGGUCAUAGACGUAUCCCUCUGCUUAUAAAAAUGUUCCAAGUGAUGCAACUAUUUAUAUUUUGGCAUCUUAAAGUUAAUAUAUAUAAAUUAAAAAAAAUAUGAAAUCAAACAUUUUAUAUGCUCACAUAGGAAACUUCUAUACUCAUUACAAAGAGUAAAAUAGUGAAAUUAUGCUUCUCGUAUCACGAAAAGGUGACCGCGCUAUUUCAUUUUAAAAUUGCACAUCAUAUUUAGGGUGACAGUGCAUAAAUUGAAGAGCAAAUACUUCCACCUAUACAUAACUAAAAAUAAAAGAUCAGUUUAGAAUAAGAUUUCUGAUGUUAAGAGAUUAAAUGACCAGCAUUUCUUUGCAUAUUGUGUAAGGUUUUGAUCGAUAGUGUUUCUUUCAUAAAAAGCGAUUUUGUUCAAAGAAUCUUUUAGAAUUAAUGCUUGCAAAAACACUGACAAGCUGAGUUUUGGCACAUAGCCAACUCAUACCAUUUAGAUAAAUUAGAAAUAAAAAAUAUUUCCAGUUCAGUUCUAAAGUAAUAACAUGAGAAUGCUAAUAAUGUAACAGCAAUUAGAAAUUUAAUAAAUUACUAGUGAAAAAUUUCUUUUAGCAUAUCAUUUGUAACAAAAUUAUAAAUAACAGAAUGUUCACACAAGCAAAUCACAAAAGAUUAUCAUUGAAUGACAUUUAAAAGGGGAAAAAAUCAACCUUGAAUAAUUCUAAUUUAUUUAUUAACUGACUCUUCAUAGCAAGCUGGUAAUGUCACAAAUAUCCCAAAUUUUGAAAUAAUUAUUUUGUUCAUUUUUUGUUAUAUGGAAGUCAAAUUUUUUUAUUUUGUUAUUUAUAAUGAGUACAUUUUCCCCCUAAAUAUAAGUAAGGAUAUAAGAAAACAAAUUUUCAAAAUUUCACAAAUCUUUUUUUUUUAAUUUAAAAUGCCAAACAUGAAUAUUUACACCAUUUAAAACAUUUUUUGCAACUGGAAAUUGAAAGGUUAUGUCCAUGAUCAAUGAUUACAAAAAUAAAGGCUGAGUGUGGAUUUUUGUAGACACAAUACAUAGAGAAAGGAUUACACAAAAAAAGUUUAAAGAUUCAGAUGAUACUUGCUAUACUUUUCUUUAACAUAACAAUAAUCUUUUAGACCUGAAUCUGGUUACAUGGGUUUUAAACAUAUGUUGAUAAGCAUAAUAAAUUUUAUGCUGGUCUCAAAUGAAAAUAAAAAAAGGGCUAUACAGCAUUUUUCUAUGCAAAAUUUGUUGUUAUCUAUGUAGCAUUACUACUAUGCAAAAUUUGAAGUAUGCUGUAAGUAUCAAAUAAAAAAUAUUUUAUAAAAAGAUAUAUAUACUUAUGAUUCUCUGACACUAUGAAUAUAUGAGAGUAUUUAAUACAUGAAUGUUGAAAUUUUUGUGUUCAACAAAGAAAUACGAAGCACAAUAUACCUAAAAUAUAUCCACAGAAUGGAUGAAAUGCUUACUCAGGAUGUUAUUUCGAACAAAGAAGCACAUAAAAUGAGCACACAUUUGCAUAUUCUCUUAAAAUAUUAAAACAGGUUGUAAUUUUUAAUGUUAGAGAAACAGCGCUUUUCUGAAUUAUGGAAGUAAGGUCACUUUGUGUUUGCAAAUACAAAAUGAUAAAUAGAAUGAAUAAAAAUAUAUUCAAAUAAUACAUGUUUUCAUUAUUUUCUGAUAUAUGUAUAUCUAUAUAAUGCAUAUAUAAAUGUUUAUGUUCUGUAUGUGUGUAAGUUUUUGUUCUGUAUGUGUACACACAAACAGGAUGUCUCAAAAUUAUUUAUACUACCUUAAAAACUUAUAUUCCAUGAAUAAUACAUACUGUCAUCACAUUUUUAAGCUAAGCAAAUUUUUUUGUAAUAAAUCAGAUUCAUGAGUAUGCAAAAUGAAUCUCAUAAUAAACGUCAUUGCUUUAGAGGCUUUGAGCAAAGAAUACUUUGAAUAUUUAAAAUGAAUUUGUUAUUGUGAAGCAUUUGUUCAUCACUUAGCUUAAAAAUGUGAUAAGUGAAAUUAAAUUCAUGAAAGAUAAAUUUUUAAUAUCUGCGUAUACACAAUUUUGAAUAUAUAUAUUUAUACGUACAAAAUAAAUGCUUAUUAGAUUUAGAAUUUAUUAAACCUUCAAUUAUUACUGCAAAUUACAUAUAUACCGCUUAAAGCGCAUUGAUGGUACAUUGUAUGAAAUAAAUUUACAUGCAAUAAUAAUUGAUGAAUUUUAAUAUUUUUCAAGAUUAUUUUGCACAUAUUCAGGUAUGUCUUAAUUGACUGUGUAUCAGCAUACAAUGUAUGUCAUAUUUUUUUUGGUAUAUCAAUAAGUUUUUCAUAGUUUCACUGGUUUGGUAAUUACAGCACAAAUGUAUGACAUAUUUUCAAAUUUUGAAUGAUGAUUUUUUUAAUGCAUAUAUGAUCAUGCACACACCUUACUCAGUUCUUACUAUAAUUAAAAACUAUGUGAUUUUUACCUGCAAUCCUGCCACAGUAAAAAGGCAGCUGCAACAGUUAUGUGUCUUACAGUUUAAAAACUAUAUUCACCUCAUUUAGUGUACUGCUCACUUUUCAUAACAUGUAAAAAUAGCAAAGUUAGCCAAAUGUAUAAACAAUCACUUAUUUAUAGUUUACGAAGGUUCAAUGGCUUCUUGUGUUUUAACUCUAUAAAUGUGAUGUUAAAUUUAAUUCUUAUUUCAUUUAAACUCUGAUGCAUGCAUCUUUCUGCUAAUAUUUUAACUGUUACUCAUUUAGAAGUAUUCUCAAUGAGAUUUUGCAUGCUAGAACUUGCGGAAGUUCCUGAAACAAUUUAUAAGAGCUGAAAGUUUAUGUUGACAGUAUGUAUUGGAUACAAACUGCAUGAUAAAAUCAUAGUGAUAAUGAAACUUUAAUGUUUGGAGAAUGGUUUUAUUAUUAAUAAAGAGUGUAAAAAAAGA